UUGUCGUAGCAGCAACCGGGAACUUGCAGGAGAUCUUGAACGUCCCACCCUGGUCCUCAAUUGUGCAGCCGAGGAAACGUCGCAAGGUUCCGCCGACGUCGGUAUGAAAUGGCAGAAACUGCUUGUGUCACGGAAGCGCAAAGAUUAGGUUACGCCGAAGCCACACAUGUAUAUUGCCGGGACCCCGGCCUGUUAGUUUGAGGGGCCACCGAAGUCUUUCCGAAGAAGGAUUUAAACGUUGUUUUGUUUCCAUAAACCGCCCAGAUUGCGUCUCCGGCGGGGGGCGAACGAUCGGCGACUGCGGGUCGACGCUGUUGAAAUUAUCCGGAGAGAGGUGUCGUGCGUUCUCCUCCAUUUGGAUGCUCGGCCACAGUCCAAGGCAAAACCAUGAACCGCAACAAGCGUGAAAAGGAAUACUACAGUAUAGAUGUGGGCGACUCGACUUUUAUGGUUUUAAAGCGCUACCAGAACCUCAGGCCCAUUGGGUCCGGAGCACAGGGAAUUGUCUGUUCGGCUUAUGACCACAACUUGGAGAGGAACGUCGCCAUCAAAAAGCUGAGCAGACCCUUUCAGAAUCAAACGCACGCCAAACGAGCCUACAGAGAAUUGGUGCUGAUGAAAUGUGUCAACCACAAGAAUAUAAUCGGUCUAUUGAAUGUAUUCACACCACAGAAGACACUGGAGGAGUUCCAAGAUGUAUAUCUCGUGAUGGAGUUGAUGGACGCCAACCUCUGCCAGGUGAUUCAGAUGGAGCUGGACCACGAAAGGCUGUCCUACCUGCUCUACCAGAUGCUGUGCGGAAUCAAACACUUGCACGCGGCUGGGAUCAUCCAUCGGGACCUGAAGCCGAGUAACAUUGUGGUCAAGUCAGAUUGCACACUGAAGAUCUUGGACUUUGGCCUGGCCAGGACCGCCGCCACGGGGCUCCUCAUGACGCCCUAUGUGGUCACCCGUUACUACCGCGCCCCGGAAGUCAUCCUGGGCAUGGGCUACCAGGCUAACGUUGAUGUCUGGUCUGUUGGCUGCAUCAUGGCCGAAAUGGUCCGGGGUAGUGUGUUGUUUCCCGGCACUGAUCAUAUUGACCAGUGGAAUAAGGUGAUCGAGCAGUUGGGGACGCCGUCUCAGGAGUUCUUGAUGAAACUCAACCAAUCGGUUCGGACCUACGUGGAGAACCGACCGCGCUACGCCGGCUACAGUUUCGAGAAGCUCUUCCCCGACGUUCUGUUCCCCGCAGACUCUGAACACAACAAACUCAAAGCAAGUCAAGCCCGAGACUUGCUGUCAAAGAUGCUGGUCAUCGACGCUUCCAAGCGGAUCUCCGUGGACGAGGCCCUGCAGCACUCUUACAUCAACGUGUGGUACGACCCCACCGAAGUGGAGGCGCCGCCGCCCGCAAUCACGGACAAGCAGCUGGAUGAGCGGGAGCACACGGUGGAGGAGUGGAAAGAUUUGAUAUACAAAGAAGUCUUGGACUGGGAGGAGAGGACAAAAAAUGGCGUCGUCAGAGGACAGUCGGCAUCCAUUGCACAGGUGCAGCAGUGAGCGGCGACACCCCGCAGCAGCAGCACCAGCACCCCACCUCCACACGCUCCCCCGCCCACGUCACCUCCGCGCCUGCAGACGUCGAAGCGGGCGGCGCUCCGGGCCGCCGCAGGUGACCAUCUGGUCAGCCGCUUCCUCUUGUUCGUGACAGUCUCAAAAGACAGAUCUUUCUUUUUUUCUCCCCCCUCCCCCCUCACCCAAUGUUCUUUUGAGUAAACAAUCUCAAGCUAAGAGACAAUUUGAACGAUUUCACAACAAAGCGGUUUGUAACGACCCGACAGUGACGACCUAAGUGUGUGUGGAAAGCCCGUCAGCUCCUGCCCCCGACAAGCUGUCUCGUGAACGUCCCGGCGACUUUGUGAGUUUUGACACGAGAUAGUCGAUAGUUGCGCCUCCCUUCGUCUGUCCUCCACAAUGAAUCAAGGCGUAAGGGACGUUGUUUUGAUGAAGUGGAACCUCCCAGUUAGAACACAAUCGGUGCCCAACUUCAGAGUUCACAUUUUUCUCCCCCAUAGAAAAUCUUGUCAAGUCAAUCAUUUUUUUUUUCUCUUCCUCAAAGCGCCUUCCGUCCUCAACGUUUUAAGUAUCCGUCAAUGUUUGAAAAGCAAUAUUGAGUCUUAGUGCCCAGGAACGGUGUUGACGUGAGUCGAGGAGCUUCAUUCCGUCAAAGGUCGUGCUCUGCUGUCAAUUUGCGGCGGGCUUCGGUCUCGCCCACAUCCCUGUUACGAUUGAAAAGCCAAAAGAGAAAUAAAAAAACAAAACGUACAUCCUUUGAGAUGUUCAUGGGCGGGCGCAGAGUGUUGUUCAAGUUGUGGAGGUUCCACCGACUGCUGUUGAGAAGGGCCUACAGUUAAACGGACGGAAAUGUUGCAUGUGAAAAUGUUUCCGUUCAAAGGUUUUCAAGAUGUAGAAUGUGACUACGACGCAAGUUAUUUUUGGGCCGUUGGGAGAAAGUGAAGAAAAAAAAAACAUCCUGUUAUUAGUAACUUUUAAUACUGUUGUGUGUUCAUGAUGUCCCUACAGAUGCGAGGCGAAAAAGUUGGAUGUUUAAACAGCAGCGCACC